AUGGUCAGUCUACGCUUCUUACCACCGACCGUCCGCUUGCUAUUCGGCGGCAGAAAACAAAGCGAGGGACAGACAGCAACGACAGCUAGCUCUACGACAGACGUUAGUUCACAAGCAGAAUGGGUUGAUGCCGAGAAGAGCGAGGCGACAAAGAUCACAGCUGUCGCUGCCCACACUGACACAACAAAGACGGACGCAGCUAAGCCUGCACUUGGCAAGCCUCGAUGGCCCUUAUGGCUGAAGCUAGCCGUUGCCGGGUGUGCUUUUGCCAUUGUGUGUGGCCUGGCCGUCGGACUCGGCGUCGGCUUGACCAGACACAAGCAUACCGCCAGUAGUCACAGCGAGGGAGUCGACUCUCCCAGCGACAGCGUCAGCAGCAACUCCUCACAAAAGCCCAGCAUGCUGUCCGUCUACUGGGGCGCCAAGCGCAGCGGCGUGUCCCUCGACACCGUGUGCGCCGACCCAUCAUACGACACGGUGAACCUGGCCUUUCUCAGCCACUUCUUCGGCCAAGGCCAGUACCCGCGGCUGGCCAUCUCGUCGCUCAACGGGUCCUCAGCGGCGCAGCGGCUGGCCGGCGCCGUGGACCUGCAGGACGGAACGACGCUGGCUCCCGCGAUCCGCGCGUGCCAGGCGGCCGGCAAGCGGGUGCUGCUGAGUAUGGGCGGCGCGGCGGGCUACGCCGAGGUGCGGCUGGCGAGCGAUGCGCAGGGGCGGCAAGUGGCGGAUACGCUCUGGGAUCUCUUCCUGGGAGGCGACAAAAUGCCCGAGAUCCGGCCCUUUGGGGACGUGGUCCUUGACGGUGUUGAUUUUGGAAGGGUAGACAACGAGUCAGGCGAGUCAACGGGCUACGAGGCCAUGGCGGCGCGGCUCCGCACGCACUUUGCCAGCGCCCCCGGCGGCCGGCGGUACUACCUGACGGCAGCGCCGCAGUGCCCUCCGACAACGGCGGCCGAUGAAGAAGCGGCCCUGCGGCUGUUUCGGGGGCUUGACGCGGUGGCGGUGCAGUUUUAUAACAACAACGCGUGCAACGUGGGGGCGUCGGGCUUCGAGGCGUCGGUUCGGCGCUGGAGCGCGGCGCUGGGCGGCGGCGGCGACGGCGGCCACACGACGCUGCUGCUCGUCGGCGCGCUGGCGAGCGCCGCGGACAAGGAUCGGGGGUACGUCGAGGCCGGCGCGUUGGCGGGGGUGAAGGCGAUGGGGUUGGGGAAUUACGGAGGGGUGAUGCUGUGGGAGGCGGAGCUGGCGGCGCAGAAUGGCGAUUAUCAGAAAAAGAUACGGUCCGCGGUCUGA